AUGAUUUAUUAUCGUGGUGGUGGUGAUUGUGGUAGUGGUGGUUGUGACGGUGGUGGUGAUUGUGGUAGUGGUGGUUGUGACGGUGGUGGUGAUUGUGGUGGUGGUGAUGGUGGUGGUGGUGAUGGUGGUGGUGGUGGUGAUUGUGGUAGUGGUGGUUGUGACGGUGGUGUCCUUAAUCCAAUGCAGCAUGAAUACAUUUCACAGAUGCAAGUACGGUAUUCUAUGGAGCUAAUCGAUCGUGAGUUGACUUGA